AUGAGGACGAGGCCGAAACAGGGUGGUGAAGACCCUGGUGAGGCCGAUGAGGAGGAUGAUGAGGAGGAGGAUGCGCAGGAAGAGGAGGAUGAAGAGGAUGCGGAGGAGGAUGACGCGGAUGUUGGGGAGGAUGAAAAAGAUGAGAAUGAUGGCAGGGAGGACGAAGAGGAGGAGGAGGAGGAGGAGGAGGAGGAGGAGGAGGAGGAGGAGGAGGAGGAGGAGGAGGAGGACGAGGAGGGCGGCAACGAUGAUGAUGAGGAGGAGGAUGAGGAGGAGGAUGAGGAGGAGGAUGAGGAGGAGGAGGAGGAGGAGGAGGAGGAGGAGGAGGAGGAGGAGGAGGAGGAUGAGAAGGAGGAUGAGGAGGAGGAGGAGGAGGAGGAGGAGGAGGAGGAGGAGGAGGAGGAGGAGGAGGAAGAGCAAGGGGACGAUGAGGAGGAGGAUGAACAGGAGGAGGAGGAGGAGGAGGAGGAGGCAGAGGAGGAGGAGGAGGAGGAGGAGGAAGAGGGGGAGGAGGAGGAGGACGUGGCGGCAGUGAAGGGACGGGGCGGGCGUGGCAGAUGGCAGAGUGGUACAGGGAAGGUGGGGGGCCGGACUCGCCAUUCCCGAAAACGCGGGGCAGUUGACGCCGCGCGCGGCGCAGCAGCUGGCAAACCGAAGGCGCGUAAGGUGAAGGUCGAAAGUGAAGGGGGUGGUAAAAAGCAAGGGCGCCAGGGAGCAAAAGGGGAUGGAGGAGGUAAGGGUGGCGGCGCCAAAGGGGUUCCAUUGGGUACUGGCAAGAAAGAACAUGCCGGUAAACGUCGCAGCGGCCGUCAAAGCACCCCGCGGAAAGGUGGCAACGAGAAGGCGCUGGCCCCAAAAAAACCGAAGGGACAGCAGAAAGUAAGCGUGCAACGGAUGCAGCUAACGAAGGGGGCCGGAAGAGCGAGUGUGACGCCGCUAUCCACAGGAGCCCCAAGGUUCUUCACGCCGUACUCCGGCCCGAGCAAAGUCGCUGCGACGGCUCCCGGCGCGCCAAGAGGAGAGGAAUCCGAAUCACCUCCACCAGGCCCCGUCACGCACUCCCCACUUGCCUCACCCUCGUACCCAUUUCGGCCGCUACACGCUUCUCCUGUCCGGGGCAGGGCGGUCUCCCCCCUCGCUGGUCCUUUGCGCGGGCAUCAGCCAAGCACUUCUGCCAAUCCCUUCCCUGAGCUCCCCUUUUCCCGCCAGCGUGAUAGUGUGAGGGCACACGGGACUGCUGAAGAAGAUGCUGAAACCCUUGGCCAGAGGGGGGAUUCUUCACACCCUUUUCCACCGCUCAUGGGUGCCCUAGGUGAAAGUGCGGAGCACGAGCAGUUUGUUAUACGGGAGGAGUUCCAGGCGCUGCGGUCUGAGAUGUACGCCAUGUUUGCACAGCUCAGCCUACGUCGUGGGGUUUUGCAGCCGCGCCUAUGGCUGGUACCCCGCCGCCGAUGA